UAGAACUUUUUUUCCCCUCGCUGCUUGUGAUCCAAUUUAUACAGAUAUAAAAUGUCUAAUUCUAAAUAUGUGAAUGAUGAAGACUUUGAUGAUGACAUCCUCACCCAGAAUGUUAUUCAACAAAGCUUGCAGCAUAUCCAUAAAAGUGAGACACUUACAGAUUCUGCAGAGAGUGAUAGAUUCCAGUUUGUUAUGAGCACAGAACAUGGAAAGAUAAUCACAGCAAUACGUGCAGGCCAAGAAGCAGACUUGCUGAAGUUGAUGAGGCACAGUUCAGCUUUUAAGGAAGCUGAUCAGCGAGGCUGGCUUCCUUUGCAUGAAGCUGCAGCACAAUUAAACAAGAACAUCCUAGAAAUAACUCUGAAGGCUUCAGACCCCAUUGUGUGGGAGCAGACCAGUCUGAAAGGCGAAACUCCUCUCUUUGUAGCAGUAGAUAAAUGUCUCUUAGACAAUGUCCACUUUCUCCUGCACAGUGGCUGCAAUCCUAAUGUUAAGAAUGAAGAAGGAGAUUCUUCUUUAGUUAUAGCAAUUAAACAUGAUUUAUAUGAAAUUGCCUCCCUGCUGAUAAGUUUUGGAGCAAAUGUAAACUUGCAGUGUGUCAAUAAGAGGACAGCUUUACAUGAAGCAGCCAGACUAGGCAGGAAAGAUAUCGUGAACCUUCUGCUUUGCUCUGGAGCAGAUCCUGAUCCCCGCAGUGCAUAUGGGCUCACGCCCCUAGCACUGGCUGCACAGAUUGGGCAUACAGAAAUUAUGGAAAUUUUACUGCGAAAAGGUGCUGAUGUCCUUUCACAGGCGGCUGAUUGUGCUUCCAUAUUAUUUGAAGCUGUUGGAGGAGGAAAUCCAGAUUCACUCUCUCUUUUACUAGAAUAUGGAGCUGAUGCCAAUGUGCCAAAACACUCAGGUCACUUGCCUAUCCACAGAGCUGCAUACAGAGGACACUUUCUCGCUUUAAAGCAGCUAGCUGCAGUUACUGAUUAUGCUGCCAUUAAGGAGAGUGGGAUAAGUCCAGUUCACUCAGCAGCAGCAGGAGCACAUCCUCAGUGCCUUGAGUUUCUCCUCAAAUCUGGGUUCGAUGCCAAUUUCAUGUUGCAUGAGAGGGUUCGCAAAGGCUACGAUGAUCAGAGGAAAUCAGCUUUAUAUUUUGCUGUCUCAAAUGGGGAUAUUUGCUCAACUCAGCUGCUUCUGGAUGCUGGAGCCCUGCCAAAUCAAGACCCCAUUAAGUGCCUCCAGCUAGCCUUGAGAAUGGGCAACUACGAGCUAAUCAAUCUACUGCUUCAGCAUGGGGCCAAUGUAAAUUACUUCUGCAGAGUGAAUACGACGCAUUUCCCCUCAGCUCUGCAGUAUUCUCUAAAAGAUGAAAUCAUGUUAAGAAUGUUGCUGAAUUAUGGGUAUGAUGUGUACCGCUGCUUUGAUUGUCAGCAUGGAGACAACAUUCGUUCCCCAUAUGCCUUUGAAGGAUGGACUCCUUCUGUUAUCAAAGACAACAUGUUCUGUGACGUGAUAACGCUGGCAUGGCUGAAGCACGUAGCUGGGAAAGUAGUGCGAGUGAUGCUAGAUUAUGUUGAUCAUGUUAGCAUCUGCUGUAAGCUGAAAGCGGUUCUCAAGGAACAGACACUAUGGCCAGAAAUCAAUUCCAUUUUGACAAAUCCACGUUCAUUGAAACAUCUUUGUCGUCUGAAGAUUCGGAAAUCCAUGGGUCAUUUGCGUCUGCGUUGUCCUGUCUUCAUGACCUUCCUUCCACUGCCCAAUCGUUUGAAAGAAUAUAUACUGUACAAAGAAUAUGAUCUUUAUGGCCAAGGAAACUGGAUAGGAACCCACUAACCCAACUGCAUAGAAUCAUAGGCCUAUAUUUUGGAGAGAGUAUGCAAGUGGACAAAGACUGUAUUGUAUGCAAUUCUUUUUCUCUACUGGGAUUUCAGCUUCUAAAAACCAACAAGUCACUUUGGUGAAAAUUUUUCUGGAUAAAAAUAAAAAAAGUAGAGUACAGAAAAAGUAUUGGAAGCCCAACAUGUAGCCCUCAUAGCAGAAAAAGCGUCCAGAACUUAACAGAAGCAAAUCCAGGUAAUGGCAAUAAUAUUUUAAAGUUAUCUAGCAUAAGGUCAGCAUUUUCAAACAACAUAUGGAAUGGGAAGUGUCCUUCAAGAUAUGUGGGUCAGAUUGUAACCAGGAGUUCAAAUUCUUCUCCAAACUUCUUUGGGCUGCAACUCUUGCUAUACUUCUACAUCCUGCUUCUGUUGAACCAAAGUACUGUCCUAACAACCUACAUUGGGGUAUUUCAGUUUCUGACUAGAAUCAGGGAGAGGCUUUCCCCCUGCUCCCACCCAAGAAGAGCUGGGAGGAAGAUGAAGUUGUUUGACAAGGUUUUGACUUAUUACGGUUUGUUAUUUCAUCCAAUUAGCCAGUCCCCAAUUUUGAGCAGUGAAAUGGGGUUAAAGGCCAUAGAAUUCUUGUUAUAAACAGAGCGCCAGUAUGUAGUGAAACAUUCACCGUUUGUUUUUUUAUUAGACAUCUACUUUCCUGUUAGAUAGAGUAGUUCCACAUCUCAUUCUUGGUACUUAAAUGUCCUGUCACCAUAGUAAUUAAGCGCUGGUCUACAUAUAAUAUGACCUAGAGCAAUCUUAUUUUUUCCUCUUAAAAGUUAUAAGGAUGUCCACAGAUAUUUGGAGUAUAUUUUGGACCAGCUCCCUCAAUUUCUCACCUAUUGCCAUAUUUUGGGGACGAGUUUAGAGAGUAUUAGUUGAAUUUUGCAUACGUGGCAUUUGAAUACCAUCCGAUGCAAUGUUAAUACAGAACUUGGAAGAUGUAAAAUGUGAAUUAUGAUUAGGCCCGGUGGGUGAUAAAAUGGAGACCCUUUCUCUAAUGGGACUUGAAUAUUUCAAAAGGGCACAUUAUUGGAUACUGUCGUAAGAUCAGUCACUGCUGUAUGGGAGGAAAAGGCAAUGCCACUAUGCACUGAAUAAUGCUUUGGAUAUACUUAUGUAUUAAUUAUGAAUUUGCACUACAAUACAGUGCAGUACAUAGCUAAAC